UACACUGUCCAACAGAGUAACUCUGGAACAUUCCAAAUGGACAAAUGAGGGAAGUCCAUCCACUAGCAACGGAGAGAGCAACAAACUGGAUAACAGCAUAGCCUCCCUACACAGGACCUGUAAAAAUAGUGACAUUGAUAUGGUCUCUGAGCUGACGACGUUGGAUUCACUAAGAAGUCGUAUACGGGACCUAGAGAAGCAGCUGUCCAGAGGAGACAGACACAACUGUCUUAUCUGUAGGGACACUUACACAACACCCCUCACCUCCAUCCAGUGCUGGCAUGCCCACUGUGAGGAGUGUUGGCUCCGCACUCUGGGGGCUAAGAAGCUGUGUCCACAGUGUAACACCAUCACUUCUCCUGGGGACCUGAGACAGGUAUUUUUGUGACUGGGCAGGGCCAGAGAAGCACAGACCUCUGAGGGGGCAGGACCUCUGAAGUAUUAACCUUUGACCUUUGAAGGGGACAUAAGGACAGCUGGCCUGUCAGAGAUUACCCUUGUCUUUGCACCUUAACCUGCCCUCUAACCCCCCCCCCCUCCCAAACCAAGUAUGGGGCCACCCCAUGACAAAAUGGCACCCAUGACUGGGUAUUGCACAAUGAUUAGUCUUCAUGUCAUUUGACCUUUUAGGUUUGACAUUUGACCUUUGCUUUGCCCACCUAGAUAGCAUUCAUUUGUAUCAAGCUCAUCUCAUCAUUUAGUGAGCCAUUUCUAAGAGGAGGACUCAAUCCAUUACAAUUCAUACGUAAAUGACAAGAACUAGUCAUCUUAGUGCUCAGGCACUGAAAUAAUUAUUUAAAAUGGCUUUAGAUCAAAACAAGGUUGAGAUACUCUUUGGACUAUAAGCAGUAUACACUUGAAAAUAAUAGUGGUCUGUUUUUAUCAAAAGAAAGCACAUGUAAAUAGUUUUGUGUAUGUUUGAAAUUAUGUGCAGUACCUGUAAAAAGUUUGGCCACACCUAC